CACGGGAAGCGGUUGAUCAAGACUGGAGAGAGUAAACAGCUCCCAUCCCAGGAUGGGUCCAGGAAGGGAGAAAAGGCUGAGUGAAAGCCCAUCUCCGGCCGCACAAACCCCCUAGGACUGAGCACACACGAGAGCGCGAGGAAGCUUUGCUCAGCAGGACUUUGUCCCCUCCCUGGCGCGAGGAGCUAGCUGGUGAGCAGUCGGUCUGCAUUGUCACCCGAGCCAAUUGCAGAAGACCUCACAAAAGGCUGCCCUGCGGAAGGGCCGGAAGGAGCCUUUCUCCAUCUGCCUUGUUUGUUUCUCUGAUUGGGGAGCUUCCUAGCCCAAGGCGCUGAUCCGCGGGCUGGAGAGCUCUUCGCAGCCAGAAUGCACAUCUCUUUGGAACUUCUUCUGCUUCUCCCCAUCCUGAUUUACUCCGCCCUAGAGUCUUUCGUGAAGUUUUUUAUUCCUAAGAAGAGAAAGGCAGUCAGUGGAGAAAUUGUCCUUAUCACUGGCGCGGGACAAGGAAUUGGACUCACUGCCUAUGAAUUUGCCAAACUUAAAAGCAAACUGGUUCUUUGGGAUAUCAAUAAGCAUGGCAUUGAGGAGACAGCUGCAGAAUGCAGAAAAUUGGGCGCAAGAGCUCAUGCCUACGUCGUAGACUGCAGUAACAGAGAAGACAUUUACAAUUAUUCAAAGAAGGUGAAAGCAGAAGUAGGAGAUGUUAGCAUCUUGGUGAAUAACGCUGGUGUAGUCUAUACAUCAGAUUAUUUUGCCACUCAAGACCCUCGUCGAAAAAACUUUGAAGUCAAUGUUCUGGCUCACUUUGGGACUUCAAAAGCAUUCCUCCCGGCAAUGAUGAAGAAUAAUCAUGGCCAUAUUGUAACAGUGGCUUCUUCUGCAGGACAUACUGUGACCCCCUUCUUAUUGGCUUAUUGUUCAAGCAAAUUUGCUGCUGUUGGAUUUCAUAGAGCUCUUACUAUGGAAAUAGCUGCCUUAGGAAAACAUGGAAUCAAAACAUCAUGCCUCUGUCCUUACUUCAUAAACACAGGCUUCAUCAAAAAUCCAACUUCUAGAGUUUUAUCUACGUUGGAACCAGAGGAAGUGGUAAACAAACUCAUGAAGGGCAUACUAACUGAACAAAAAAUGAUUUUUGUUCCAUCUUAUUUAAGUGCUGUAACACUGCUGGAAAGAAUCUUUCCAGAACGUUUCCAGAAUGCCAUGAGACGCAUCCUCAAUGUUAAGUUUGAUGUAGUGACGGGAUUAAAAAACAAAGCACAGUAAAUGCCUUGGACUCCCUUCCUGAAGAGCAACUUCUAUUUGAUGUCAAUCAGAUGCAGCUUAUCAGAGACUUGAACAUUUGGGAAUUUCUAUUUUUGCCAAUUCUCUUUCUCUAGUAAUAAUUUUUUCUUGAACCACACUAGUUUUUGUUUGUCACCGACAGUAAACCAAUCUCAUAUCCAGUGAUAGGGGAGUGCCCCUCAUUUUUGUACCUUGGCAUCACAGACUAUUCACAACAUCCUCUGACAUGUGAUGGUAGAUCUUCAAAGCUCACACUCAGAUUUUUAUACUUCAGUUACAUGUAAUUUUUCUAACAGUUCAACAAUCUGGAAGAAAUUAAGGUAAGCUUUUCUCUAUGACAUGAUCUAAAACUUUUUUUUAAGCCACACCUGUGAUAUCAAUGGUAUACAGAACUCUUAGUCAGGAAAGUUUCUGCAUCAUACAGAUCUGCAACUAUUCUUCAAUCUGAAGUCUUCAAGAGUUUCCUGGGACACUAAAAGUUUAAGGAACUCAUCCAUGUCACCAAGGCAAUAAGUGUCAGAGGUUGGGCUUCAACCCAGAUCUUAUGUGUGUCUAAUAAAAAACAGAGCUAUGUUAUCUGAGUGAAGGUGAGGGCAUUUGAAGAAAAGGACUUCCUUUGGAACAAGAAAUGGCAAUUCAUAUGAUUUGUUAGCCCCUCUUUUUACUGAAAUAUAACAUUUUUUUUAUAAAGAGACAUUGUGGGGCAUGAAUAGGAAAUGACUAGGGUAAAAACAGAAGGCAAACAGUACCAAAAAAAAUUUUUUUAAGCAAGAAAAUAUCCUAAUGCCAAGUUUUUUGCCUCAAGUAUGAAACUACAGAUAUAUUGUUGAAACGGAAAUAUCUCAACAAUAAACUUUUGGACUUGAGGCAAGAUAUAUACUUAUGAAUAAUAAUAAUAAAGGAAUUUAAUCUAAA